UCUGCACCAUCACUCUGAGUCUGGAGGGGCAAGCUGAAGAAAUCCAGGAUGAAGCUUUUUUUCAUGGCUGCCUUUGCACUCUUUGUGCUCUCUACUUUUGACCAGGCUGACUCCUCAGCCUAUGACAAAAUAGUUGCCCACAGUCGCAUCAGGGCACGAAAAGAGGGACCAAACGUCUGCGCUCUCCAGCAAGUCAUGGGGACCAAGAAGAAGUACUUCAGCACUUGUCGUAAUUGGUACCAAGGGUCCAUCUGUGGAAAGAAAGCGUCGGUCCUGUAUGAGUGCUGCCCAGGUUACAUGAAGCUGGAGGGCAUGCGAGGUUGCCCCGCAGUGGCUCCGAUCGACAACGUGUAUGCCACCCUGGGCCUGGUGAAAGCCAUUUCAACUCAGAAGUAUGCUGAUGUUUCUAAGCUGAGGCCUGAGAUAGAAGGAUCUGGAUCUUUCACCUUCUUUGCACCAAGCAACGAAGCCUGGGACAAUUUGGACGAGUUAGUGAAGAGUGCACUGGUCAGUAAUGUCAACGUCGAACUGUACAACGCCCUGCAUUACCACAUGGUCAACAAACGCCUGCUGACCAAAGAUUUAAGGAAUGGACUGACGGUCACCUCCAUGUACAACGACCUUGGUCUCCAAAUUAACCACUAUCCCAACGGGGUGGUGACAGUCAACUGUGCCAGAAUCAUCUAUGGCAACCAGGUGGCAACCAAUGGUGUGGUCCACGUCAUCGACCGUGUGAUCAGUUCUGUUGGAAACACCAUCCAGGAUGUCAUUGAGGUCACCGAUGAGCUGUCAACUCUGAGUGAAGUGGCUCACACUGCCGGGCUCCUGGAGAAGCUGGGUCAGCCAGGGCAUUACACUGUCUUUGCCCCCACCAACGAUGCCUUUGAGAAGCUUGGCGUCGACGUCCUGGAGAGAAUUCAGAGCGAAGACAAGGCCAUCAAAGCUCUCAUGAACUUCCACGUUCUGGACUCGGUCCAGUGCUCUGAGGCUAUCACGGCAGGCAGCUCUUACGAGACCCUGGAAGGCAACAACAUCGAGAUUGGCUGUGAUGGAGAUAGCUUGACUGUCAACGGCGUUAAGAUGGUGCUGAAGAAGGACAUCGUCACCAGCAAUGGAGUCAUCCACCUGAUUGACCAAGUGCUUAUGCCAGACUCAGCUAAGCAGGUGUUGGAGCUGGUGGGAAGUCAGCAGUCAACCUUUGGUGACAUGGUGUCCGAGCUGGGUAUUGCUUCUGAAAUGAGAUCGGACGCCGAAUACACUUUGUUGGCUCCCCUCAACGCUGCCUUUACUGAUGAGAUGAUGGCAUUGGAUCAGAGGAUGUUCAGGAUCAUCCUGGAGAAUCACAUCCUGAAGAGUAAGUUCACCCUGGGACAGCUGUACAACGGCCAGCGACUGGAGACAAUUGGAGGAAAAUUCAUGCGCGUCUUCAUCUAUCGCACAGCUGUGUGCAUCGAGAACUCUUGUUUGAUCAGAGGCAGUAAAGAGGGCAGCAACGGGGCCCUUCAUCUGAUGAAGACCUUCAUGACACCAGCUGAAAAAUCGGUGUUUGAGAUUCUGACGGAAAACGGAGGUUAUAAGAUCUUUUUGUCUCUGAUGGAAGCUGCUGGUUUGACUGACCUCCUGAGACAGGAAGGAGACUUUACUCUGUUUGCUCCCAGCGAUAAGGCCUUCGCCAGUCUGAGCAGCAGAGAUAUUUCCCUGUUGAAGAGUGACAUUAAUGCCCUCAGGACCAUCCUUCUCUAUCACAUCAAUAACGGCGUCUUCAUUGGUGGUGGUCUGGAGAGUGGAGUGACCAAUAUGCUCAGGUCUUUGCAAGGCAGUAACCUCAGAGUGAUGUAUGCAAACAACACCAUUCAAGUAAAUACUGUCCAAGUCCCUGAGGCGGACAUCAUGGCCACAAAUGGAGUCAUUCACAAGGUCGACCAGGUCUUGUAUCCUGCAGACAUCCCUGUCGGAAGCCAGGAACUUCUCAACAUUUUUAGGAAGCUCAUGAGUUACAUGCAAAUCAAGUACAUAUCUGGAUUCAGAUAUCAGGAAAUUCCUCUGACAUUCAUGAAGAGGAUCAUCACUCGCGUCAUCGAGGAAGUUCCUCAGGUGACCAAACUGACCAGGGUCAUUCCAGCAGAGCCCUCCGUCACCAAAGUCACCAGGGUCAUUGAAGGGCAACCCUCAGUUACCAAGGUUACCAGAGUUAUUGAAAGUCAGCCCAGUGUCAGCAAGGUCACCAGAGUUAUUGAAACUCAGCCCAGUGUCAGCAAGGUCACCAGGGUCAUCUCAGGUCCUCAGUACUCAGUCAGCAGUGGCACAACCAACAUCGCCAUCGAAGGAACUGAUUUCUCAGAUAUCACAUCCUUUGAUGGGGCCUCUCAUCUGGACACCGAAAGGUUGACCAAACUUGCCAAAGAGAGUGGCACAAGAAGGACUGGCGGUCGAAAAGUUCUAGCUGGCAACAGAAGGAGAGGAAGGGACUGAGCGUGGACGGAUGACGAUCUCGACCAUGUCAAAGUAGAGAGAGGAUCCAAACCCAAAGGUCGAGACCUUAAAUGUCAGUGAUUUCCAUCAUAUUGUAAAAAGUAUCAGGCGAACUGACAAAUAAAAAAAGGUAUUCACAUAAACAAUUUAAUGGUGCUUUGAAUGUAUAGCUAACAUGAAAGUGCAAUGUCUGACAAAAAAAAAGAGGGUUUUUGGUUCGGUUUGUGUAAAGUGUGUUCAACUGAACGUUCUGGCAGAGCUUUUGAGGACAGAGCAAGUCGGGGUAGCAAUAAAAUCUGUUAAUAAGCCAUUAGGGUGACAGUAAAAGCGUUUCAAUUCCAGAACUUUUCUAUGGCUUUGCUAGAUGGUGAAUGUAAAAGCAAGAUUUUAUGAGCUGUUUGGGAGGAAUUGUAAAUCUCAGCAUGGUACACUUUAAAUGUUGUUUUCUGGCUUGUUUCGUUUGUUGUCAUUUUUCUUCGGCUAUAAGUUGCUCAAAGAUGUGUGUAAAUUUUUCUACACCAUGUUACUUGGAACAUUGUGUACAACUGCAGGCUCUCUGUUUUCUCCAAAACAUCUUACAAUAAAGUGCUUUCUUUGAUACAAAAA